UCUUUUACAGCACGGCUCAGCUUCUAAUCUAACGUGUGCGCGCUCCCGCGCGAGCAUUUGCUGAACAGCGACACCUGGUCACAGUUUUCGGCACAACACCGGCAUGAGCCGGAAAUGUUCUGACGAGCUACCCCCGGAGGAGGGGAUGGAGGUGGACUGUAUGCCGGAGGACCUGUCGAAGUGUUUGUAUGAGGAGGGCUGUGUGGAGCUGGGGGAGGUGAAGGACAUGAGGCUGGAGGCCGAGGCGGUGGUCAAUGAUGUGCUGUUCGCGGUCACAGACAUGCGCGUCUCUCACAGUCUCUCCAGCGGACUGGACGUGGCCUACAUAAACCUGGAGACCAGAGAGGGACAGCGAUACUGCUUAGAGCUCACCGAGGCAGGGUUAAGGGUGGUGGGACACGUCUUCGAUCAGGUGCAUGAGGAGUUGAGCACGCAGUAUCAUGAGACUGUUUACUCACUGCUGGAUUCUCUCAGCCCUGGAUACAGAGAAGCGUUUGGAAAUGCUCUGCUACAGAGACUGGAGAGGCUCAAACAGAACGGACAGUGAGGGCUUCAGUAUCAUUCACAAUAUCUUUGCUCGCUAACAGUUCAACCAAGUCCUGUGCCGCUCUCAGCUCAAAGCAUCAGUGGUACCUUUUUCAGUUUCUAGCCUGUGAUAUGUUUUAACAGAUCUUCUUGGUGUUUAUUUGACAAACUGACUUGCCUGUGAUGUUUUAAAGUAUUUCACUGUUAUUUGGAGAGGUAUCAUUGCUGUGACACAACGGGCCCAGAUGAAUACUCCAUUUUUAUUCAUAUUUAUGCAAAACCCUUAGAAAUAGCAAUAUGCUGUUUCGAGGACUAUGGGGAAAUGUUUGAACUAAAGUCUUUUGUGUUCACAUACUACUGCUGGGUCCUGCAAAUAUGAGUUUUAGAGCUCCAUACUGUACUUCCAUCAAAAGUACAGCAUGACACUUUAAAGUAUUAACAUUCAAAACAUAUCAGAUGCCUUACUACUUUCAUUCAGAUUUCUACAAUUCAGUUUUCUUUCGUUCAGAUUUCAGUUUAAGCUGUCCUCAAGGUAGUUGUUAUUUGAAAAUCCUGAUACGUUAAGUAUCUUCUCUUCCUUCUUUUGUUUGCAACAGAUAAUUUAAUAUCAGACCCCUUUGAGAAUGUAAAAACAUGUCAAAAUUAGCAGUAAGGAUUGAAAAGCCAAAAAACGUGGUGAUAUCCACUUCCAAAAAAAAUUUAAUUUUAUUUUUUUUAAGAAAAUGGACUUUCUUAAACCUGUUUCAAAGAUGGUGCAUUUUAGCACUGAAACAGAAGCUUUAUACUUUUUAUUUGCAAAAGAGUUGAGCAGAAUCUUUUCCCCCACAAUUACGUUACAUAACAGCAGCAUGUUCGACUUUUUGCUGUAAAGAGACAUCUCAUGUAAUAUUGUCCAAUAUUGGUGUUUUUAAAAUAUGGUUUUAAAUAAUUAUUUUUUUUAUUGAAAGAUUUUGUUACGCAGAACCCUUGAUUUACUGGUCAAAACGAAAUGCUGAAUAUUGCACAGAAUUGCACUAAAUGAGAUCAAGCAGCCAUUUGCUGACUUUGUUUGAAAACAAGUGUGUAAAACUAUGCUAUAAAGUUACGUUUCAUUUAAGUUCGGUUUGGAGCAGAAGGAAGAGGUUCGUUUAAAGAAAUGCAUUAAUACAGGAAGUUGUUGUAUGAUGGCUUUCUACCUCAUGUUGGGUGUUUUUUGGACCUCUUUAGCAUGCCUGUGACAUUGAUGUGUGUUUUCAGCUGGUUUGGGAUAAGGCAGGUGAUAAUGCUAUGCUGUUUUGUGAUAAUAAGGCCAAUGGACAGAAUUAAUCAUCUGGUUUUAGCAAAUACCUGAGAAAACCCAAUACUCUCUGUAUCUGUCCCAGACAAACCUGCUAAUAAUUUACAGAAUGUUUGCUGAGAUAACCAAGACGAAAAAGUGUUUAGAUGAUGUACAUGGCACAAAUAACUUCUGUACCUGAAGGAAUGUUGCUUGCUUUUGUUUAAUUGUAAUAAAAAGCACACAUUCAAAUGCU